GUUUUGUGGUGUAAAUGUAUGUCAAAUGUCACUUGCUUUUUAUUCUAUGCUUAGGUUAGGUUAAGCUUGGCGGCAGGCGGUUAAAAACUAUUCACAAAAAAGUCUUUAGAUAAUCUUCCUGGAGGAAGAAGAGAACGUAUCUAAUGAGUCAAUAAUUUAGCUUUGAAAAUGGAACGUGAAGUAAAAACUUUUGUUAUACCCAAUGAACUCUGCAAAAGAGCUGGGAUCACAGCAACUUGGCUCACAGUUGAUCAGCUAUCUGUAAGAGCCUUCGAAAAACGAAAUAUCAAGCUGCCAGAUGCUCCUAGUAAUUUUCUUUCAGAUACUCCAUCAUCCAUUUUUCACUUGAGACAAGAGGUUAUUCUUUUUCAUCCUAUUUUAAGGAAACUAGUCAAUGAAUCAUGUGGUGUCUUCAUAGCCGUUCAGAAUCUGAUUGUCAACAAAAACCCUGCUGAUUAUAAAGUAGAAUUAUUUAAAAUGAGUAGGCAGUACAGAUCUAUAAUAAGAGCCUGUCUGGAAAACUUGCAGGAUGAUCUUAGUGAAGCUAAGGGACAAGAGAAAGAGCAACUACAGAAUUAUAUUACAAUAUUUUACUCAGUAGAAUGUAUUUGGCAUUUAUGUGAAAUAUUGUUUGUGGAUAUAAUACCAGGAAACCUAGUGUUGUCUCAGCUGUUAGAAUGGAUAAGAUUUCAUUUCCCAAAACAUGAAAGGAAUGCAGCAACAAUGCUUGCAAGUGAAUCAGUAAACUUGGAAACACAUCAGGAUUAUUGGAAUACUGUUUUUGGUUCUUUAUUGCAAGGAAGAGUGAAAAUUGUUAGAGCCUUAUUGAGACCACAUUCAUCUGCAGAUCAUCCUACAUUUAAGUUGGUUGAUCAAGUCUUGCGUGCCAUGCCUAUAUGUAGUGGAGUGAAUGGAACAUCCAUUAAUGAAUUCAACAUACAGUGGAGACAUUGGACUAUGGAUGUUCAAUCUAAGAUUGAUGCUAAAUUGUUUAGUUCUGAAAAGCAUUUAGAUUUAAUCAUGAGGCUAGUGGUAGGGGAAGAGAAAGCUUGGAUAGAAAUACAAGAUCAUUGUGAGGCUUGGUAUGAAUUCUUAGCUGGCUGGAUGUUCUACACAGAACCCACUGCCAAAUCUUUUGAGCUUGGCCAGUAUGCAAAAAGGAGUAUCACCAAAAUGAGGGUUGCUAAUAACUUGAAGCAUUUGGAUAGGGUGAUUUUAGCUGCAAUGGAAUUUGAUAUUUUCCAGGUGAUCAAGGAAAUCCAGCAUAUGACUGAAAAUGGUUGGUUUGUGGCACAUUUAAGUGACCUUCUCUUCCAUUCAAGCCGGCUCACCAGCUUAGAAAAAGAAGUACCCAACUUCUCGGCAGAAAAACUUAGAGAAUCCUUUAUUUUGGAGUAUGGAAUAACACUGAUGGGACACAAAUCUUUGUGGCCGGUUGGAUUAAGCUACUUGGACCACUGUACUCAUGAUGGAAAUCAAGUAAUUGCCUUAUUGUUACCAAGAAUACCAUUAGACAAUGAAGCUAAAACUCUAAAAAUCAUCAGGGAAGCUAAAAAGAGGGACCUGAAUGAUGUUGUUCAGUGUAUAUGUAAAGCUCAAGGCAUGCUUUCACUGAAGAGAGGAAGGAUAGGGAACGCAUUAUGCUGGGCCUUGAAAUCUCAAGAUGGUCCAUUCACUUCAUACUUGGCGGAUAAAUUUUUACAAGACUACAUUAAGAAUGGCAAGCUAGGCAGCACAGACCUGCUGGAUAAUUUGGGAUCUUGUAUGCUAGUUAGUGACAGAUUGAUCUUUCUUGGAAAAUACUUCGAAUUCCAUAAAUUGUAUCAGACGCAGAAAUAUAAGGAGGCUGCUAAUCUGCUUAUCUCACUUCUAGCAUCAAAAAUAAUACCAAAAUAUUUCUGGUAUGUCUUACUGAUAGAUGCCAUACCAUUGCUGGAAAGUGAAGAGUUACUGUUUUCGUCAAAUGAUACCUUCACGAUAAUGCACUGUGCCGAACAAAAAGAAGAUCUUCCUGAACUAAAGGAUAAGCUCAACAUUUUGAAGCUUUCUGCUGCUAGAAACCUGGCUAGAGCAUUGACAUAUGAAGCACAAAAUGAAUGAUAAUUGUUGGAGACUUUUGUAUUUUAAUUAAUUAGGUUUUUAAGUAUAUUUUGAAUAUUGAUUUUUGUACAUACUCGUUAACCAACAACUGUUUUACAUAGCAUUUUGUUAAGAAUGCUCCGGUAUCCAAGUUCAAACAUAUAGUAUUUCUAGAAAAAUAUGGUAAUAACUGCACGUAAGAUAUUGUGUUCUGCAAAUAUUUGCAAAUUUUUCUAAAGGCAAUACUACAACUAAGACAUUUAUCUUGAAGGAAACGAGUUAAUCUUUCAACUACUGCAGUGGCUUAACCUUUUGCCGCCUACUGGUCUUCCGGAUUGACAAGGGUGCAUUUAACCCUUUCAGGACCGACGCGUCCACGAAAAAACAUGCCUGCUGGACCAGAAUUUUUGGAUGGUCAUAUGACCCGGUGACGGCUAUAUCCGACGAAAUCAUAAAACAGUAUAAUUCUUUUUUUAUUCUAUUAAAGCAUACUUAGAAACACAAACAGCAGUAAAUAGAACUAAAGAAGGUCAAUCAAAACUAAAAUUGAAGCCCUAGAACUAAUACCUAAAGACAAAAAAACAAAAAUAAGAGCACAUCGUAUCAAAAAAACUCGAAAGACAUUUUACUUCAGAAGUGAUUUUCUUCAUGACAUAUUUUGAAGCAUGGAGCUGGACACAACCCAACAUCGCAUUCCUUACACAUAUAUUUGGUUUCUUUUCUUUUCUUAGGUUUUUGUUUGCUGUGGGAACAUACAUAGCAUCUCCUGUAGGCCGAUUUGCUGCCUUCCUUGACUGUAACCAGAUCGGGAAAAUGUCUUUGUGUGAGUCUUUUAUUUCCAAGAUCCAGGUGAACAGAUCUCGAAGCUGUUUUUUGAAACCUGCAAAAAUCGAAAUAUAGAACUAUUUUUAGACAAAAAGAAAUAUAUAUAUAUAGGUACCUUUCCAACAACUGCCUAAUCACUGCAAGUUGAAAUGUGGCCAGUGGAACUUUUGCUGGAUUCUGUGUCAAAUACAUGGCAUGAGCAUUCAAUAAGCAUAUAUCCAUGGUAUGAAAAAAUAGUUUUUUAUACCAUUUCAUGCUUUUGCGCGUUGAAUCAAUGCUGCUGAUCAUCAUAUCACUUCGGUCUACAGCUCCCAUUUGCUUGUUAUAUUCCAAGACACAUAAUGGUUUCUGAAGGUUUUCAUUUGUGACCCUAUCCUUCCUUGGAAGACUGACCAUUUUAUUCUCAUGUAGUGUAGUCAGCAUAGUGACAUCUCGCCGAUCUUUCCAUUUAACCACCAACAUGUUUUCACUGCUUCUCCAAUCACAUUCACCCCUCUUAAGUUUUUUGUCUAAAAUUGGCAUUUCUUUCCUAUUUUGUUUCACGGUCCCACAUGAAUUGGUUUUAUUUUCAAAUAGAAAUGUUGACAAAGUUGGACUGGUAUAAAAGUUGUCAGUAAAAAGAGAAUGACCCUUGUGCAUGUAUGGUUGUAAUAGAUUACUGACAAUUUCACCUGUAGCACCCAAUCCACGAGUAUCUUCUUGUGUGCCUUUGCCUACGUACACUAUAAAAUCCAAGACGAUGCCAGUCUCACAAUCACACAAGACAUACAGUUUGUUUCCGAACCUAUGUCUUUUUGUUUUGAUGUAUUGACGAAAACUGAGGCGACCUUUGAAAAGGACCAUACUUUCGUCAAUAACCAAAUGUUCGAAAGGAUAAAACUGGGAUUUGAAAUUCUCUUUUAGAACGGUCAAAAUAUUUCCAAAUUUCCCCAAUCGAUUGUGAGGCUUUACCUCCUCAUUAUUAGCGAAAUGAGGAUAGCGAUGUAUCUCGCAAUAUCUGUUUCUUGACAUAGUCUGUCCAAAAACGGGAGUGCUGAGUAAGAUAUCUUGGGUCCAGUACUCUUUGUUAUUCAGUUUCUUUACACGUGUCAUAAGCAGAGUUACAGCGAAAAAUACGUAAAGUUCUGGAAUGUCAACGCUUUUCCACUUAGGUGCAUCUCUUUGAAUGGCAUACCUAUUUGUUUCGAUGGCAAUGACGUUCAUAAUAUUUUCAGAUAAAAGACUUAAAAAGAAAUCUACUUCACUGCUUUGAUCAUUUAAACUAACAUUUCUUAAUCCGCUAUUAGUACUAUCAAAUGCAAAAACUUGCGGAAUAAACUCUUUGUCCGUCCAUUUUAUUUCUAACCUCGUACGUUCUCUAAUAAUAUCCAUUCUCUCGUCCAUUGCUGUCUCAGGUUCCAAGACCGGCGUUUGAGAUGAAUCAUGCUUGUUGUCUUCACCUUCAGACACUUGCAAGUAGUCGUCCUCUGAAGAUUCACCUUCCGAGCUGGGAAUAAACUCGCUUCCACUGUCAGCAAAGGGAUCUUCGGGCUCAUCCUCAUCGGAGCUCAUAAGAUAUUGUGAAAGAUUUCGGACUUCCUCCGGGGUCAGCCCACAAUAGCCCGCACCUGCAUUAUCUCUUUUACGCUUAUUUCGUCCUUUUCGACCGUCAGAUGUACUGGGUUCAGCGUUAUCCAUCUCGCACAAUGAACGGAACAACACAAGAGUCAAACACAAACUAACUAUGUCUACAAUGUCCCAAUAAUAACACGAAACUGUUUCAAACCAGUCAUAAUAAGUAGAUUUGCAUGCUCCACGUGUUCGACGCCGAACUCCCCCGAGCGUCCACCGUCGCCCAUGUUCGACAGUGUCGCAUUCUCAAGCCAUUGGUCUGUGGGGAAAUGCAGUGCUGAGCGGAUUUAGCCGACACUGGUCCCUGUGAGAAGUUUAAUUUUUAAAGGUGUCGUAAAUGAUCGACAUUGGUUUUACUCUUUAUGCAUUGUAAACGUAUAUGCAGUCGUCAUCACGGCCAUUAAAUAAAAGGUGAGUGUGCAAGCUCCUAUACAAAAACGUAUGCUUCUAUAUUCCCGGUACCGGCGCAUCACAGUGACAAUGUCCGGCUUUUUUCCGGUGCCGGUCGGUGGUCGGCCAGUGUGCAAGCUUCAAUGCCCUCCAAUGGUUUACUAUUAACCCAUUAAUGCCCAGAAUUAUUUUUUUCUGGCAUUUCACUUAAUCUUUUGAUAUGUUAUCAUUAUUUGGUAACAUUUUCAUAAAUUAUGGUUUUGAAGUAGUUUUUUUUUUUGAUGUAUGAUAAAUCAUACGCUGGGCUACAGUAGGAUGAAAAAAAGU